AUGCGCCUCGACAACGACACAUCAAAACCGACGCGGUCCCCCUCACAGAGCUUCACAAAUGGGUCAUCACGCUCGACAGGGCCUAGAUCGCCCUUGGGGAGAGUUGCAAAUGGGGACUCGCAAGGACGUGCGGAGAGUCACGGCUCGCAUACGAACGGAAGCUCGACAGCAAAUGGCAGGCCAGUGCCAACAACAUACUUUGGGCACAACAGAGAUGAGGUUACUCGAAUUCUCAUUCAGAGUUUGACGGAUCUGGGGUAUCAUGAUGCAGCAGGAGCGCUUUGUAAAGAAAGUGGGUGCCAGCUGGAAGGGCCAACUGUGGCGUCAUUUCGCCGCUCGGUGCUCAACGGAGAUUGGGAGCUGGCAGAAGAGCUGUUGUUCGGAACCGUAGUACAUGACAACGGUGGUGGUGUAGGUCUGGAUGACUCGUAUCGCAAGUCUUGGGGCAAGACACGAUCAAGGGCGAACUCGCAACGUUCGGGAGGCCUCACGCUCGCCGAGGGCGCCAACAGAGACGAGAUGCUAUUCUGGAUGAAGCAACAAAAGUACCUCGAGCUCUUGGAACGGAGAGAUCUGGGCAACGCCCUCGCAGUUCUACGCCACGAGCUUACACCGCUGCACCAGGAUGUUGGGUGGCUGCAUGCGCUCUCAAGCCUUAUGAUGUGCCCAUCAGCAGAAGGUUUGAGACAUCAGUCGCAAUGGGAUGGCGCGCAGGGCGAGUCGCGAACACAACUGCUUUCUGAUCUAUCCAAGUCAAUAUCUCCCAGUGUGAUGAUCCCAGAACAUCGAUUGUCUGCACUUCUGAAUGAGGUCAAGGAUAUCUGGAUCAGCAAUUGCCGCUACCACAAUACCACCGACUCGCCCUCUCUCUAUCUCGACCACAACUGCGAACGAGAUAAUUUCCCUACCAAAGCAGUAUUGGACCUCAAAGACCAUACAGACGAGGUUUGGUACCUGAAGUACUCGAACGACGGUACAAAACUGGCAUCAACAAGUAAAGACACAACUAUCUUCAUCUACGAGACUUCGUCCUACAAGAUCCUGCACCAUCUUGAGGAUCAUCAAGAUUCGGGAGUGACGCAUCUGGCAUGGAGUCCAGACGAUUCUAAGAUCAUCACAUGCUGUGCGCAGCCAGAGAACUCUGCGCGGAUCUGGGAUGUGAAGACUGGCGCGUGCAUACUAUGCAUCAGUGACUUCACGUAUCCGUGUACGACAGCAGCAUGGGCGCCUGACGGUAGGCACGUGGUCAUUGGGUCGCAGGACGACAAGCUUGGAUGUGGUGUCUGGGAUCUGAGCGGUCGCCAAGUACACAACUUUUGCGAAGAUGGCUCAAAACUUCGCCCAAACGAUCUUGCGAUAUCCCCAAAUGGCGAACGUCUCGUUGUUGCGUCCGACCAUGCAAUCGCGGUCUACGAUUUCGCCAGCUACAAGAAGCUUGUCGAGUGGCACCCUGAGUCCAAGUCGACGAGCAUCACAAUCAGCCAAGAUUCGCGCCAUAUGUUGGUCAGCAUGAACCCGGAUAUGAUCGAGCUCAUGGAGAUUGAAAGCGCAGACUUGAUCCAGAAGUUUGAAGGGCACCAGCAGAAGCAGUUCAUUAUCCGCUCGGCAUUCGGCGGGGCAGAUGAGAACUUUGUUGUCAGCGGCAGUGAGAACUCGAAAAUUUACAUCUGGCGAUCUAACGGACUUCUUGUCGAAACUCUCGACGCCCAUCUUGGCUGCGUUAAUAGCAUUGCAUGGCAUCCCACAGAUCACAGCGUAUUUGCAUCAGCGGGCGACGACCACAAAGUCAGGAUCUGGAAACCUAGUCGGGCGCCCAUUAUGGAGAUCAGCCGCAGCGGUUCUAACGGCUACGGAAGGUAA